GCACUGGAUACGGACUCUGUGUUUUAUACAUCAACAUUAACAUACAAUAUCAUGAUUUUAAAAUUGGGAAUGAAAAAGAAGGAAAGCAAACCUACUCUUUUCAGCUUGAAACAGAUUCCUAAAUAAAUCAGUGAACUACCUUACUAAAUGUAUGCAAAUCAAACUACUAAUACAACCGCACACUUGCCUAGGAGUUAGAAGUAGAACUUCUUGAGGAACUCAAAAGUCAACUCCCCUCCCCUAUAAGGCUUAGAUUAAGGAGAUCAAAUUCCAUUUAGAACUUCCUAAAAAUGGAGAUAAUCAACAUAAUAUCCAAAGAGCUAAUCAAGCCAUCAUCUCCAACUCCAUCUGAUUGUAGAGAUUUCAAACUCUCUUUCAUAAGUCAAAGGAUUCCUCAUUCUUACUUCCCUCUCAUCCUCUAUUACCCUUCACCCCAAAACCUCAACCAAUCAGAAACCUCAAAAUGGCUCAAGAAAUCCUUAUCAAAAACCCUUUCUCAUUUUUACCCAAUGGCUGGAAGGAUGAAUGAUCAGGGCUCAAUUGAUUGCAAUGAUGAAGGGAUACUUUUUGUGGAAUCCCGGGUUGAUGGUAAUCUCUUAGAACUCAUAAAUCAUCCAGAUGUUCAAAUCUUAGAGCAACUGGUACCUUGUAAGUCAAAUGGCAUCUUAUCUCAUGCUAAUGAGUUGCUGGCAGUUCAAGUAAACUAUUUUAAAUGUGGCGGAAUCGCCGUUGGAUUUUGCCAUUCUCACCGGAUCGGCGAUGGCCGGACGUUGGCCUCGUUUAUUUCCGGCUGGGCGGCCGAGACGGUGGCGGCUGCGCCCACGUCUUAUAAUACACUCAUCCCGGUUUUAAACGCUGCAUCCGAUCUCUUCCCACCUCGGAAUACUCUAGACUUCAGGCCGGCGUCGCGGCCCAGAGUGUUAGAGCCACCGAAGGAAAGACUUCUGACGAAAAGGUUCAUAUUUAGUCCUUCCACUAUUGAAUUACUUAAGUCUCAAGUAAUAAGUUCGUCUUCUUCCGAUGCCAAAGCAAAACCGAGCCGGGUUCGGGUCGUAUCGGCUUAUAUUUGGAAAUGUUGCAUGGUUGCGGAAGGACUCGGGAAAACCGACCGGUCCGUGGCGUUUCAUCCGGUUGAUUUGAGAAGAAGGAUCGACCCGCCAUUGCCGGAUUCUUCAUUUGGUAACAUUUUUCAGAUGGCUUACGCCGAGGCGAACGGCGGGGAAGAUUGGAUGGAUUUGGUGGGAAUUUUGAGCCGUGCAAUUGGGAAGAUUGAUGAAGAAUAUUUUAGCAAAUUGCUAAGUGAGAAUGGACAUGAACUUGCAAAGAGUAAUUUUGAGCAGUAUGGGAAAUAUGCAUUUGAGAGAGGUUUGCAAACGGUUAGGUUUACCAGCUGGUGUGGAUUCCCAUUGUGUGAUGCGGAUUUUGGUUGGGGUAAACCGAUUUGGGUUAGUAGUACAAGUUAUUCUGGUAAAAAUGUGGUGUUUCUCUUUGAUUCUAUGUUAUGUGAUGGAGGGAUUGAAGCAUGGAUUAAUAUGGAUGCAACUAAGAUGGACAAACUUGAGGAAGAGUUGAAUAUGGUUGGUGGUGAAUGAAGUUAAGUCUUAAGCAUAAUUUACUUUGUCUCAAAGAAUUCAUCAUAUUAUUACCAAAAAAAAAAAAAAAGGAUUCAUACAUAUUAAAAUCUGCAGCAGUUAAACGGUGACUGGAUAUAUAGUCAGUAUAUCUCAAUCAUGUGAUGGGUUGAUUUGAGUUUUUAGACUUCUGUAUGAGUAUAUGUAUCUUGAAAAAGUAAAAAACAAAAAUUGUUUCGGCCAUUGAUCUCCUGAUUUGUACAAAAG